CCGUUCCGGUGGAGUCCUGACACUAGCCCCGCCCCCCUCCCGCAGGUGAGGCCUUCCGCUCAGGCUCGGAGUGAGAGGCCUCAGGGCCGAGGCAGAGGAUCCUCACACCGAGGGGCGGGUACGGAGACAGCGAGAAACCCGGCCCAGGGACACGGGAAGGAGCCGGAGCCGGAGCCGAGCCUCGGCGUCGGAUAAACCGCAGGAACCCGGCCUUCACCUGCAGCAAGAGGUUUCCUCAGUGAUCCUGGGGAGCUGAGCCAACCCGGGGGAUAACCAGCUACAAAAACAACCCUGAAAGUAACUGCAAACCAGGAGGUUACCUGGAGAAACAGCAGCGUCUGUGUGGACACAGAGAAAUGUUUCCCAAUCACCCCCCUCCCUCCUCAGAACUGAUUUACCUCCCACUGUCACUAAUUCAACUCUAACUAACUAAACUAACUAAACUAAUUGUUAAACUACAGCUUGGCAUCACUAACUAAUCGCUCAACUAGUGGAACCGAUCAAACUGCUGGAAUUUGUCACUAAACCUUUGGUUACUUUGAUCCAAUCAUGAAAUCACUGACAAAUCGAAGGAUUGGAACCAUUUAGUUAUUUUGUUGUUGGAAUUCUUCAUUAAACUAGAAUUAACCAAUCCAGUUUUUAGUGACAGUAACUAACCUGCUGGUAGAUGUUAUCAAGCUGUUAAAAUUAAUUCUGAGUUAUUAAGUUGUCGUAACUGAUCAAACUCCGGUACCGAAUCAUGAAUGAUUGAUCUCUUAAUGCUGGCAUGUGAAUCAGUAAUCUACAGAAAUAAAGUACAAGAUGGAAUAUAGCCAGCGAAACUAACUUGCAGUGAAUAACCAAACCUCAGCUGCAGUAACUUAUUGAAAUGUAGUAACUAAAUCAAGAAAAUACUAACUUCAGUAACUCCAACUGAAUGCCAAUAACUGAGCAUUUGGUCACUUAACUAUGCAUUAACCUAACCUUACUAUAAACUACAGGAAACAGAACUGACUGAAUUGUUAUUAGUGUUGGUGACCCCUUCGGUAUUUCGGGUCAUUUGACUGAGACGAGGGCAGUGAGUUGAUCCAGGCUAUCUGAUCAGUAUUGAUCUUGUAGCUGGAUUGGACAGACUGUCACCAUGCAAUGAGCCCUCACCUUCCUGUUAAUCCUUUGGCGGCUAUCAGGACUUGAUGGAGAAUGGGGAGAUGGGACAGAAUCGAGUCCAAGACGUGUGCCAAAAAUUCCAGGUUCUGGAAGAUCAAACAGUGGCCCAUGUGCUACAGGAGCAAGAGAUUCAGCAGCAUCUCUCCGCCAACAAACUGAAGAGCCAGGGGGUUCGCCUCAAUCUCGAGCUGGCAAGGAAACUGCAGGAGCAGGAGGAUGAGAGGAGCAGGCAACUCCGAUGGAAGCUGCACAAAUACACUCAGAACAUGCAGAGUGAUUAUCCCCAGACAAUCCAGGAGGAACAACAGCAAAAGGAAGCCAGCCAACAUCAGAGGCUCCUGCACACAGAGGUCAGCAGCAGCAGGUCACGGAGGUUGGAGAGGAGAGAGAGGGGCCGACAUAGCGAGGACCAUGAAGAUCGGAAGGAGUCCACGACGGGGAACAGCGAUGAUGAUUCACUGGAUCACUGGGAUCGUCCUGUGCGGCGGGAAUUUCCCCGGCACGGUCGACCGCGGUCGCGCCAGCCCCUCGUGUGGAGUGAGUUGGAGGCAGAUGCUGGAUGGUACAAGGGGGAUGGCUGCCCCGAUGGGGGUUCGGAGCGUGGAGCAGGGGAGAGGGGCCACAACGUUUCUCAGCGGGAUCAGGAGCGACUGGGAAGUAGGCCGUUUCCCGAGCGCAUCCUGGGUCAUGUCGAUGAGGCAUUCCAGACCCUCAAUGAGGAUGUUCCUGGAGCCAGGCCAAUGCCCCAUCCCCAGAAGACUGACGGGCUCCAGGCGGCAGAAAGAGCCAGGGAAGGAGCCGGUCGGAAGCGGGAACGCCGUUCGGAACGAGUGGACGAGGGGUCCGAUUCCUCCAGGAUUCUCCCCGUCUCCCGUCCAAGUGCAGGUCCCGACCUCACUCGGAGAGGCGCCUCCGAUUCAGAGUCACACUCGAGGAGUCGGAAACACAAUCGGAUCCCCGGGGAGAUCCGGUCCCGGGCCAGAUCCGCGGACGGCCAUCCGGCUCGGAGUAGAAGGAGCCAGGAACCCCUCCGACACCAAGCUCCAGGCCAGGGGGAUACCAGGACAUUGGCUCCCCCACGGGAUCGUCUCGGCCACUUGGUUACCGGACCUGGAGCCAAUCACCUCAACCCUCCCCGAGAUCCCACAGAGCGCCCGGAACGUGAGGGGAGACGGCAGGCAGCGAAUGGGCAUCAGCCAUUGGCUGCUCGAGACAGGAAGAGGCAGAGCCGUCAUCCACUGGUUGCCGGUGACCAGCAAACUCAUCAACCAUUGGCUGUCACUCGGAAGCUUGCCCCUCAACCAUUGGCCAUCGGUGAAAGUCCUGCCCAUUACCCACCGCGCACCAAAGUCAAAGUCAAACAGGUCCAUUUCUUAUUGGAUGCUGAUGAGAGGGUCAAGCCUGUCCAUUGCCCAGAGGCCAGCAAGCCAAAACAGGUCCAAUGGCCAGUGGAUCUGAAGAGGAUGGAUGCCCAUUGGCCGAUUGCCAGCAAGCAAAAGCAGCUCCAGCCCUCAUUGGCUGUUGAAGAGAAGGGAAAGCAUGCCCAAAUCCCAUUGGCUGUCAAAGAGAGGAAAAUCCCAUUACACUCCACGUUGGCCAAUAGAAACCAUCUCCAGUACCGCCUGGGUACCAAAGAGGCAGAUGCCAUCAUUGAUUAUGUAUUGGAUAAACGGAAAGGAAAGGAUCUGGUUUCCCCAAAACACCUCAGCCAAUCACCUCCCGCCUUCCUAGGGAAUCCCUCUCCAGAAACAGACAGAGGGGAUCCCGUCAGAGUCUCAACCAACAACCGACAGAUCUUAUCUUCCCCAUUGGUUGGUGAUUCCCGUGAGGAUCCCAGGGCACCAGCUGGUCUGGGUGCACAGAGAGAUCCCGCCAGGAAUUCCAGCAGUGGUCGGUGCCAGCUGACACCCCGACCUCACCCAGCGGGCACUCACCGGAGACAGGGACCAUCAGCAAGACCGGCACAUGGACCCGAGCUGAACAGUAGCUCGGUCCAAUUCCAGGCUGGAAAGCUGACCACAGGCCGGCUAGUGGAGGUGAGAGACUCCAUUCUCCCCGAUCCCGAUCCCGAUCCCGAUCCUGAUCCUGAUCCAGUCGUGUAUUCGGAGGAGCUGCUGCUGGUUUGUGCUGGCGAGGAAGGGUCUCUCCCCAGUGACUGCGUAACCAUGACCCCCCUCCACAGUGAUCCUGUAGCAAUUGUCCCUCCUCACAGAGACCACACAGCAACAGCUCCCUUACCAGACUGACCCCAUCACGUUCAG